AUGGGUAAAUCGGUCGCUGGUGGGGAUCAUUUCCAGCGGAUGAACUAUCUGUACGAGCUGGCUACGUGGCAGACAUUAGUAUUAGGUAAACAUGACCCUGGUCAAGCUAUGGCUCGUGCAAAUGUAGCGUGUAUGGAUCGGGUUGGUAAGAAGACUAGAAGUAGAAUUUUACCUCAAUUGAAGAGAACCUGCUGCAAGAAAUGCCAUCGGGUACUAGUACCGCUUCGAACGGUGGAGAGUUCUUUGAAAGAGGGUGUUUUACAAUGGAAUUGUCGAUGUGGGGAGAGUAAAAAGUUCCCAAUUGGUUCAGAUCGAUCUUUCAAAACGUACGGUGAACGGGGCAAUUUAGAUUAG